AUGCUGCUUAAUGCACUAAUAUUCCCCUAUGCCGAAAGCAUUGCGCUGGGGGUACUGCUUGCGCGCCUCCAGUUCACCCCCGCCGCCGACGACCACCGGCUUGUCCUCGACUUAACCGAAGACAAACAGGUGGCGCUGUGGGGGUACACCGGUGGCAGUGUCGCCAACGCCGCGAUCCCGACUGCUCCCUUGGAAUACAUUGCCUCCCCCAUCCCGCAAGUGCCGCCCACGGACGAGGAUGAGCGCAGUCUCCGCCACCAUCGCCAGUGCCCGUUAAUCGUACAAGUGCCCAUGCAAUUCUGUCGGCUUAAAUUGCUGGUGACGUUUACCACUGUCCCUCACAACAUGGAGACGAAACUGUUGCUUAUCAUCAAGCUGCCAGCCACUCAGCGACGACCACUGACCCCCGAGAAGCUUGCCCCUGGCGCCGAGGUGCUGAAGCUUGUAUAUACGAAUUUGCCGCUCGACCGCGACGCCACCAAGCAGAGACUCACCAUAAACGACGCCUACCGGCUCACGGGGUUUGUGGAGGUGCUGGUGUGGGAGUACGACGCCACCACCGACAGCCACCGCCUUCUCUUUGACUUCCGCUUCUACGCCCAGCCACCACCGACACCACCAGCGGCGAACGGCAGCUCGGAGAAGAGCCUGGAGCCCACGACCCCCGUCAGUCCCGAUACCCCCGUGGCGAAGGACAUCCCGGUGUCGGUGGACGCCUACCAGCGCCAGUUUACGUUUGUGCUUGAAGAUGGACCCGAUUUCAGGCUGAGGAUUAGCCGCUACGAGCUGAGCUUUGGCUCGUACAAAAAGCUGACGCUAGCCCUCUACGAUGAGCUCCGGGCCGUCGACACCGCCGUGCGUAAGCUUGCCACUAGUCGCCCGCGCCUCCGCGAGCUUUUGCUGGCAGUGGUUGAUGCUCACGGUCCCCAGAUGUUGCGCCAGCUCCAGUUUGUCGCCGAGUUUGACCGGCGCCUCGGCCAAGUGUUUGAGGUGGUGGAGAAAAACCUUCGUUUUAUUGUCAGUGACGUGUUUGACCUUUCUGCGCUACGCAAGAUGAGCCAAACUUUGGCUGGGCUCAGUUUGAGUGGGUUGGACGGCAACGAGACCAACGAGCUCUACCAGAAAAAGAAGCGGUUCGAACUGCACUCAAAAGAGUACUACCUGUGGCUUAACAAGUAUUUGAGCAACGAAAAGGACCGGCCCGAGCUGAAGCUUUUGGCCAAACGCAAGGCGUUCGAGGUGCUGAAGUACGACUACAUGAACCAGUUGGACGGCGUCACCAACAACCAGUACGCCAACCAUUGGCUCGAAGGGCUUUUCAAGUUUAUCCAGCUCCCCUACGACCCUCACCAGCCCCAUUUACUCAACUUCAGCCAGUUCCGUGACCCCAAACAGCGGGAUAUCUUAGUGAGUGACAAGUACUCGAUCUAUCUCCACGCCGUGUCGAUGUUCAACCUGGAAAAGACAAAGCUCCGCCAGCUCAUCGAGGCGCUGCAGCUGAACGAGGAGCUCACCACCGUCCUCAAACAUAACCUGUUGAAUCCCACCGGCGCAUCGUCCAAUGACGCCGUGGUGACCCAUGAUUCGUUAUCUCAGAUCUUUGACGAGCUGGGGUCGGUGUUCACGCCACGGCCAAAUAGUGACCAGACGGCAGACAUGCUGCUGAUUCUCUACGCGUUAGGAGGCCAGGGCAAGCCGGGGUGGCAUAAGGAAUGGGUGGUGUUGCGCAACGGGCUCUUGAUGGAGUACCUGGACUGGCGCAAGGGGCUGAAGCCGAUCAAUACCCCCAUCGCCAUCGCCCUCGCGCUGAUCAAGCCCAUGACCUACGAUAAGCGCCAGAACUGCUUUGCCAUCAUCACGCUGGCGGGUAACAAGCACGUGUUCCAGGCCAUCGACGCCGACGAACGCUCCAAGUGGAUGAAGGCACUUUAUCAAGCGGGACAAGUGAUGGUGGACUCACAGAUGCCGGCCAUCCCUCGACGCCGCAACAGCAGCGAUAAGCGUCCUAGUGGCAGUGAUAAGCGUCCGUUGUCACGCCUUAUUACUGACAACGACGCGGCGACAACGCCCCAAGCAGCAGUAGCGGCAGCAGCGGUGUCGCCAGUGCUGAUUACCUCGCGCAAGUGGGACAACGGCGACGACGUGUACCACUCGGUGCGGCUGCGACCACUCGCCAACAACCACCUCUGCGCCGAUUGCGGGCUGGCAGAGCAAGUAGAGUGGGUGCUGAUCAACUGGUUGGUGUGUGUGUGUGUCGAGUGUGCCCUGUGCCACCGCAACUUAGGGCUGCACAUCCUGAAAAUACGCCUGUUGAAGCUCGACACGUUUGACGCCGAGAUGCGCUACUUGUUGCUGUAUGUCAACAACGCCGACGCCAACCGCUACCUCGAGGCCCGCCGGCUGACCCGCCCGACUCCUCAACUGAGCCACCCCCACCGGCUCGAGUAUAUCCGGGCCAAGUAUCGCGACCGCAAGUUUGUUGCCCCCAACGAUAAUCCCGAUAGUGCUCUCAUCGGCGCCAUCCAGAACAUCGAUAUCCCCCAGGUGCUCAAGCUGAUCGCUCAGGGGGGCAACGUCAACAUGCACUUACAGAUUAAUGUUCCCUCGACCAAGGCGGGGGCCCCCGCUGCCGCUGCCCCGACGCCGCGGGUGGUGCUGCUCUUUGAGUACUCUCUCCGCAAGUUCGUGACGAUGGAGCACGACCACCGGCCCAUGUUCUGCGUGUCGCAGUUGCUUCUCCUCAACGGGUGCAAUAUCGACAACAUUGCUUAUAACCAUGAGAUUGGCCUUUCCGAGGAGGCGAUGGCCUACUGGCGACUGUGCCGGGACAAACUCGGCUCUCACUAA